GAGGGGUGUGAGGAGCCUAUGGGUGGGGGGCCAGGGCUUAUGGGCAUGAGGGACUGGGGAUGAGAGGGGCUGGGCCCAUAAGUGGGGGGACUGGAGGUGACAGGGACAGGGCCUUGAGGCGUGAGGGACCUAUGGGCAAGAGGAGCUGGGCCCGUGGGUGGGGGGUGCUGGGGGCAAAGUGGAUCGUGGGCCUGUGCGUGCGAGGGGCCCUGUGGAUGUGGGGGAAUGGGGCCGUGGCUGUGAGGUGACAGGGGCUGGGGCCUGUGGGUCUUGAGGACUGGGGGAUGAGGACCCCCAACCCCGACGCCCUCCAUCCCCGCAGCAGCACCUCCCGCGGCCCCCGCAGCCGCGCCGCCGCCAUGAACUGCCGCGCAGAAGUGCUGGAGGUGUCGGUGGAGGGCCGGCAGGUGGAGGAAGCCAUGCUGGCCGUGCUGCACACCGUCCUGCUGCACCGCAGCACCGGCAAGUUCCACUACAAGAAGGAGGGCACCUACUCCAUCGGCACCGUCGGCACUCAGGACGUGGACUGCGACUUCAUCGAUUUCGCCUACGUCCGCGUCUCCUCCGAGGAGCUCGACCGGGCCCUGCGCAAAGCUGUGGGGGAAUUCAAGGACGCGCUGCGCAGCUCGGGCAGCGACGGGAUGGGGCAGAUCUCGUUGGAGUUCUACCAGAAGAAGAAGUCGCGUUGGCCCUUCUCGGACGAGUGCAUCCCCUGGGAGCUGUGGACCAUCAAAGUGAACGUGGUGAACCUGGCCAACGAGCAGGAGCGGCAGAUCUGCCGCGAGAAGGUGGGCGAGAAGCUGUGCGAGAAGAUCAUCAACAUCGUGGAGGUGAUGAACCGUCACGAGUACCUACCCAAGAUGCCCACGCAGUCCGAGGUGGACAACGUCUUCGACACCAGCCUGAAGGACGUGCAGCCCUACCUGUACAAGAUCUCCUACCAGAUCACCGACACCCUGGGCACCUCGGUCACCACCACCAUGCGACGCCUCAUCAAGGACACGUUGGCGCUGUAGGACCCACGGCGGUGGGGCGCGUCCCCUUCGGGCACCCUGCGACUUUUGGGGCUCUUCCAGAAGCUCUUUGGGAUCCUCCAUCCAGCCUUCCUCUCUGCCUCUGCGAGCAGCUGGGCCGGGCCCGCCCCAUAAUUGUGGGGUGCUGCUGGCGUGGGGCGAGGGCCCCCACGGCGCUCGCCCGUCCCAAGGAACCGGCUCGGCAGCCCCCGAGGGUGGGUGAGUGGUUGGCGUGCCCUGCCCCACGCCCUGCCCCACAUCCUGCCUUCCUCUGGGGCAGAAAUAAAUUAUUUCCCCCUUCCCA